CCGGUCCUUCAUCCUUCACAGGUAUCUCUCACCUUCUUCCUCGUCAGAACAAGUCACCUGGAUUUAAAACAAACAACAACUACUAAACAAAAAAAACACACAACAACAAAAAAAGGAAGAAAAAAAGAAAAGAAAAACACCCCGACGUGCAUGAGAGGGCGAAGGAGAGCAGACACACCAGAAGAGAGAUGGGAGCGUUCAGAGUGCUGCUGGGGAGUUUACAUUACAUGGGACUCUACAUGCAACUUUGUGGCUCCGCGCGGCAGCCUGGACACGGCGAGGUGGAGAACCACAUCUCCGGGAACGCCAUGUUCACAGAGGUGCCUCAUGACAUGACCGCUCAGAGAGGUCAGGACGUGGAGAUGGCGUGCUCCUUCAGAGGGGCGGGGAUGCCCUCGUACUCGCUGGAGAUCCAGUGGUGGUACAUCAGGAACCAUCUGGACUGGACGGGCAGACAACCCUGGACAACCAAUGAGGUGGCUCCAGAAGAGGAGAUGCCAAAAGAUGCUACAAAGAUAAGUGUGGUGAAGGUCGUAGGAAGCAACAUCUCCCACAAACUCCGCCUCUCCCGGGUCAAGCCGUCGGACGAGGGCACCUACGAGUGCCACGUCAUCGACUUCAGCGACGACGCGGGCCCCCGCCACCACCGCAUCCGGGCCUACCUGCAGGUGGUGCAGGAUGGCGACAUCGUCAACGUUAACGGCAACGACAACUUCGAAGACCUGGACAACACCAAGGGAGGGGCGGCGUUCGUCCACGGGGACGCCGGCGAGUCCCACGGCGGCGCCAAAGAGCCCGCCCACGGCCACGGGCACCACCAUGAGCAUGGCAAGCGGCCCUCGACGCCGGCCCACCACGACCACGACCACAGCCACGGCGGCAGCGGCCAGCAGCACAAGGCGGCGGGCCGGGAGCUGAGGAAGAGGGACGCGGACAGCAACCACGGCCCGAAUGACUGCACCAACGAGCCCAGCUGCGCGCCCUAGACGCUCUGGCUCCUCGCGCCCGAGCGAAAGGUCACGCACGGAUUGCGUACCGCGACGCGUGCCACAGCUUUAUAAAGAAAAGAAAAAAGAUUAAAGCUAUUUUUCCCUAUAAAUAUAUGUAUAGUAGUGCUUGUUGAGAGCACAGUGCUAUGUAUACUGUGCUGAGGAUUGUAGCUUUUUCCCGCUGCGCGGUUGGACUGCUCACUGUCAGUGAAGCCUGGCUAGUGGCUGCACGGCAUUCAGCACUGGGGGGUAGAUCUAAGCAGCGCCAUUGUUUCUGGACUCAACCCCGACACACACACACAUUAUAAAUAAAAGACUCGCGCUCCACUCUUGUACUUUAGAUACUGUAAAUGACACCACCUCAUACUUCUUCCUGCCUUACUCUCUCAUUCCAUACUCUGUGCCCAUUGCGAGAAAAGUCAUUUUUAUUCUGAGGAUGCCACUGGAGGAAAUCAAACCAGUCCGUAAUAUUCCCUGGAGAUCUUGUCCAAAUCCGAUUCCACAGCUUUUAACGCCGAGCACAAGCUUUCGCUGCAUCUGUGUGUGUGCGUGCGUAAUGGACGCGAAUACGGUUCCCCCCAAAAAACGAAAAUCAGCAAUUUAUUCUGUUUACUACCCGGAGCGGGGAUGUGUGUGCGUGUGUGUGUGUGUGGGGGGGGGGGGUGAAACAUGCUUUCUUCAGCAGAAACUCAUCAAGGUCCCGACGCUGCAGCGCUCAUCAAGGGCAGAUAUGGCCUCAAUUAAUUUGCGUUGGAGUAAACACAGUGGCGCCCCCCCCCCCCCCAUACACACACACCCCCACACCACCACCACAGCGCCUUCUGGUUUAUGAAUAAAUCCCUAAACAGGUGGGAUUUAGAAUCCAAAUCUAAAAUUUGGAUUCAAUUUGCGUCAAGACAGCGAUGGAAGACAUUGGUGCAAUGUGAUACUUUUUUGGAAGAGUAUAGUGCUCUUCCCAGCUUUAGUUCCCUUAUUCCGAUGCUCAAUCGUAAAAAAAUCAAAAAAUUAAAAAAUCAACCCUCUCUACGACAAGCCUAUAAUAAUGUAUAUAUGACUGUAUAAUAUGAAAUAAAGAGCAUGUCAAGUACUUUUCUUAAGAACUUUUUCAACCAACCAUACACAAAGACAGUGUGUUAGUUAAUGUGUUUAGUUACGUCCUGUCAAAAUAAAGAUCUUUGAUUAGCUCAGCAGCUCUGUGAAGUGCUGUGAUGAAUGAUGUUCUCUUCAUAAGCUGCUCAGAAAGGGGAUUCCCUCUUAUGUAUCUUAGCAGGGGUUUCUCAAAACGACAGUGCAAAUUGGAGAGUGGACCAUAAGGAGUGAGAGGAAGAUGUUGUUAGUGAAACACUGAAAUGGGUUGCCCAUACUGCCUCAAGGGGGGGGGGGGGG